AUGCGGGAACUAGACCCUCUCAUCUCAGAAUACCGCCAUGAAAAGAAACGCCCCCGGGAAGCAGAGGCUCUCUUGAUCCUGCGAAAAGUCGCAUCAUUGGUCAAACCAAUCAUGCGGCAGCGCGCCUGGAGAGUGGGCGCACUCUGUGAGUUCUAUCCGCAGCAGCGAAACCUGCUGGGGUUGAAUGUCAACUCGGGCCAGAAGAUCUGUCUAAGAUUACGGUAUCCCUCCGACCAACGGCAAUUUCUCCCUAUCGAGCAGGUUUUGGAUACUAUGCUUCAUGAACUCGCCCACAACGUGAUUGGUCCUCACAACCAGCAGUUUCAUGCGCUGUGGAAUCAACUUCGGGAUGAGCAUGAGGAACUAGCCCGAAAAGGCUACACCGGAGAGGGCUUUUUAUCUCAAGGAAAGCGUCUAGGUGGCCAAAGAAUUCCGCUGGAUGAAGCUCGACGUCAAGCUCGUGCCGCUGCUGAACAGCGAAGGGUUCUUGCCAAAAAUUCCGGCAAAAAGCUUGGCGGCACCCGCGUGCUCCGAGGAACAGAUAUACGCAAGCUCCGGGCUGACGCUGCGCAGCGGCGAAUCGAAGUAACUCAGGGUUGUGCAUCCGGUACUGACCGAAGCACCGAGCUUGCGGAAGAGGCCUCGCAUGGGUUCAGAACCCAAGCCGAGGAAGACGAUGCAAACGAGCGGGCUAUCAUGGAGGCCUUUAUCGAACUGAUACAGGAAGAAGAAAGGGAGAAAUAUGAGUCGUCUUAUGUUCCGCCAAGUCAAGAAAACCCGGCAGGACCUCGAACAAAAUCGUCGCCGCCACCGGCUACUUCCGAUAUCCCGCCUGCUAUCUCUGAAACUCUGCCUACGCUUCCAAAAGAAGCCCCAUCAUCGAAUCAAAAUGAAACUGUUGAUCUUACAGCGGAUAACAGCUCAUACGAGACACCCUGGAUCUGCCCAACAUGCACGCUCGAGAACCCGUCUACCUUCUUAUGUUGUGAUGUUUGUGCAGCAGAACGACCGCCUCCAACCAAUACGCUAUCCACAUCCACCUCUGGCCGAAAUCCUACCCAACCAGUGCGUUCAGAGUCACGAAACUCGAAGAAAAGGCCUUUGUCUCUUGAUCGAAAGGAAGAGAAGGAAGCGAAUCCCGGGGAUACAUUCAUUUUCAAGAACCGAACACGUGCACUGGAUACCCUCAAAUCCUUGGACCGUGGUGCAGAUAAGAAACCUCUUGGAUGGGUUUGCAUCUCGUGCAGUAGCUUUAUGGAGACCCAGUGGUGGACAUGUUCUUGCUGUGGGACAAUGAAGCCGUCCUCUUGA